CGGGCGGCUGGCGGGAUGCAGUUCGCACCGCACGCACCACUCAGCACAUGGAGUUACCGCGCAACGCGUCGCAGGUCUCGCUGCUGGUGCCGGCGGCAGCUGGGUCGUCAAACGGCGUAGGACGCGUCAGCCAGCGUCUUCUUAGCGUACAGCCUCAGCCACCGCCGCCGAACGAACCCCAGUUUGUGCAGCUUCCGUCCUCCGCGAAUUAUCAGCCAAGCCGCAAACGUGAGGAAGCACGUGCGCUUCAAAAUCUCCGCCGACGCGUCCAGCAAUUACGCAUUGUUGAAGCAAACGAAAGUCUAAAUCGACGCUCGCCGCCUCCGCGUGAUCAACAAUCUCUCGACAAUCGACCGAAUCUUCUGCAAAAGAUACUCUCGAAUCGUCCUGUAAGCAUGGUGCUCGAUUUAUCCGAAUGCCGCACCGCUUGGCAAGACAGCGACUUCAUCACUGACAGCCUCUGCUGGCACAAUGUCUACCGCCAACGACACACGUCGCCACCCCUCACCAUGUCGCCGGAGCUGUGUCAUUUGGCGCAAACGUGGGCGAAUCAUUUGGCGCACACGAACCGAUUCUACUACAGGAACGACAAAGAUAUCGGGCAGAAUCUUUUCUGCCGCCCGGACAGCGGUCUCCAGAGCGAUUUGACCGGGCAAGAAGUUACGAUUUAUUGGUAUAGCGCUGUUAAGCAAUACGAUUACGGAAAGGAACCAGAUGUUCUACAUGCAAAUGUGAAUGCAGGACAUUUUACACAAUUAAUCUGGGCCAGUUCGAGGCAUUUCGGUAUUGGUAGGGCGCGUUCUCGUUCCGGAAAGAUUGUCGUUGUGGCACAUUAUGCGCCCAUCGGGAAUAUCUCUGGUCUUUUCGAAAAUAACGUUCUACCACCGGUACUAGAAUUGGAGGCGGCGCAACAACUGCAGCAGCUACAGAAUCAGCGUUUCCUCGCUGACGGCACUGACUCUGAGACUAACAGCAGUACCAAUCAGAGUCAAAGCACUUGAUAAUCACACGUUAAUAUCGUCCAGAACAUCCUCAACGAAAUCAUACAACAGGUAAACGAAUGAAUCAAAACCGGAUUCAGAGUCACGGUCACCACAUUUUCUUCUUCAGCUGAAAAUCAAUAUAACACCGAAUUGGAGCCGAGUUAUUUUUAGAUGAUUAAACAGAAUUAUUCGGGAGGAAUAGACGUAAGAUGGAAUUUAAUUAAGUUAAACGCGAGUUAUUUUAAGGUUUCCUGACUGUGAUUCUGAAUUUUGGUAAAAGUAAAGUUUAUUAGUACAGAAUACACGGUAUUGUCAGUAUAAUUGCAUUAGAUACAGUGAAUUGUACUGAAAGCAGAUGUUGGAAGGUGGCAGGCAUCGUGAACUGACGCAAUUAUCGGGUUAAUUGCAAAUGAGAGCAAGAUGCCGAACUAAUUGUGUCGGUUAACAAAGUUCGCAAACACCAACGAAACGUCUGGCGAGUUUUCCCGCAAAACUCUUCAGAUUCCUGUGCAAAGGUGUAUGAUUGCGAUGUGGGAUGUUCUGUAGGACGAUAUUAGCGUAAAACCGAAACAAUCAACAAUCGAACGAAUAACGAGACAACAAUCCACAACAUUGACGACUACUAUAAAACAACACAUCUUAAACAAACAACGAUUAAAAAAUCACGAAUAAAGACAGAUACAAUUAAUUUUAUAUGAAAGCUUAGAAGCAUAAUUAGAAACAUGCUAUCAUAAUCUCAUGUCGUGAAUUUGAAAAAGUUUAAAUCCAGUAUUAACCAAAGGUUUAUAUUUUGACAAAAUUGUCGAAAAUUACAAAGUAUUUGGAAAUUUUUAAUCAAUUUGCCAAACUGAAACAGAGUAUGCAGCCAAAUUGACAUCAAUCAUAAAAUCAUUAAAAUUCACGGCUACUCGUAACUAAAGCGACGCUUAUAAAUUAAAGCAACUAAUGCAAUCAUAAAUAUAAUAAACAUUAAUGCGCAGAAUCAAUCUGCUUUGGCACUGAAUGAAAAACUAUACGAAAUACAUGAGUGUCUCGGAACAACUCGUAAUAAUUUAUGUUAAACUUUUAAAAUGUUUGCGAAAUACUUAUUUAACACCUACUAAUACCUAACAAUCACGCAAACACGUAAACAAACAUAUACGUCCAUUUUAGGCUAUAAUAAUUAAAUUAAUAAUUUUAGUAAUUUAAUAGGCUUAUCAAGCUCACCAACGAAUUACCUAUAUGAUUAAAGUAUGCGUCAUACAAAGUUUGGUAUUUGUACGCUAACAAAGAAUCGCGUGCCGUUUGGCACGAAAAUGUUGCAAAAUGAGCUACAACAUGGCAAUAAAUGGCGUUUAUCGAGAUUGUGAUCAGCGAAGCGUGCGUAUGACGUCUGUGGCUUCGUCAUAAUCCAAACGAAAUUAAACACGUCAUGGAAAGUUUGUCAGAAAUGCAAAUACGACGAAAUCAAGUAUUAAUCAAUAUAAAAUAAAAGUUAGCAUAUUAAACUUGAAUUAAAAUCAUCCAGGUAUGCAAUCAUAAGCUUACAACGUUGUUUAAACAAUUAGCACAUGUUACACGCACGCAAAAACAAUGUAAUUAUAAACAACGUGCCUUUUUGUUGUGUGAUUUUAAGACAGUUUUUAAACAAAGAAAUGACAUGCUUCCGUUAGUUAUAUAUCGAUGAGCUUACGAUGGUAUCGGAAAAUGGAAUAUAAAUCGAAAUCAUAUCAUUAUACUGCGUUAUAUACAUUUUAUAGUGAUGAAAGUGGUUAAAAUUGGUUAUAAAUCAAUGUAGGCAAUCAACAGUAUAGCGAAAUGUAAUGUAAUUGCAAUCAAUGUUGCUCAUAACAUUUCGUUUUAUUAUACUCUCACGUAACGUGCCUAAUUAAUUGUUGUUAAUCAUGCUUGGCUGAUUGUUGUUGAAUUUUGACAGUUAAAGAGUAUUUUUAACAGUG